CUCCCUUUUGGCAGUGGACCACCGAGUUUCCUUGGAGCUAUAUGGAGGGAUCUCAGAAUGGUUUGCACCAGGAAAACCAAAACUUUAGUGUCCACCUGCGUGAUCUUGAGUGGAAUGACUAACAUCAUCUGCCUGCUCUACGUGGGCUGGGUCACCAACUACAUCGCCACGGUCUAUGUGAAAGUGCAGGAGCCGAUCUCGGAGAAAAAGUUAGAGGAAGACAAAGGGGACACUUUACGGAUUAUCGAACGGCUGGACCAUUUGGAGAAUGUCAUCAAGCAGCACAUACAAGAAGCACCACUGAAACCGGAAGAAAAUCCUGCUGAGGCUUUCACGGAUUCAUCCCUCUUUGCUCACUGGGGCCAGGAUCUGAGCCCUGAGAAUAGACGGAUUGCCCUUAAACAGUUCCAGUAUUAUGGCUACAAUGCUUACCUGAGUGAUCGUCUACCCCUGGACAGACCAUUGCCUGACCUUAGACCUAAUGGGUGCAAGAACCUCACCUUUCCAGACAGCCUUCCUGAGGUCAGCAUCGUUUUCAUAUUUGUGAAUGAAGCACUUUCCGUGAUACUACGUUCCGUUCAUUCUGCUAUUGACAGGACCCCCACCCAUUUACUCAAAGAGAUUAUUUUAGUGGAUGACAACAGUAAUAAUGAGGAACUCAAAGAGAAGCUAAAAGAAUAUGUUGAUGAGGUGAACACACGGAAGCCUGGGUUCAUCAAGGUGGUUCGACACAACAAGCAAGAGGGGCUGAUUCGGUCUCGCGUUAGUGGCUGGAGGGCAGCCACAGCUCCGGUAGUUGCACUCUUUGAUGCACAUGUAGAAUUCAACGUGGGAUGGGCAGAACCAGUACUGACCAGGAUCAAGGAAAACAGAAAAAGAGUCAUUUCUCCAUCAUUUGAUAACAUCAAGUAUGACAAUUUUGAAAUAGAAGAGUACCCUCUAUCAGCACAAGGUUUUGACUGGGAAUUAUGGUGUCGAUACUUAAAUCCACCCAAAUCAUGGUGGAAGCUGGAAAACACUACGGCUCCUAUAAGGAGUCCUGCACUGAUUGGAUGCUUCAUAGUAGACAGGGAGUAUUUCCAAGAAAUCGGUCUACUAGAUGAAGGCAUGGAGGUCUAUGGAGGUGAAAAUGUGGAACUUGGGGUCAGGGUAUGGCAGUGUGGUGGUAGUGUUGAAGUUCUGCCUUGCUCUAGGAUUGCCCAUAUCGAACGAGCCCAUAAGCCAUAUACAGAAGACCUGACUACUCAUGUCCGAAGAAAUGCACUAAGAGUGGCUGAGGUCUGGAUGGAUGAAUUUAAAAGCCAUGUUUACAUGGCAUGGAAUAUACCCCAAGAGGAUUCUGGAAUCGACAUUGGUGAUAUUUCUGAGAGGAAAGCCUUGAGGAAAAAGCUGCAGUGCAAAACCUUUAGGUGGUAUCUUGUCAGCGUGUAUCCGGAAAUGAGAAUGUACUCAGACACUGUUGCCUAUGGGGUGCUGCAGAAUUCCCUGAAAAGUGAUUUGUGCCUUGAUCAGGGUCCAGACACAGAAAAUAUUCCAAUCAUGUAUAUCUGCCAUGGAAUGACACCACAGAACGUCUAUUACACAGGUAACCAGCAGUUCCACGUGGGCGUUCUAAGUCCCACCAUUGACGAUGAUGAUAACAGGUGCUUGGUGGAUGUGAAUAGCAGACCCAGGCUAAUUGAAUGCAGUUACGCCAAAGCCAAAAGGAUGAAGCUUUACUGGCAAUUUUCUCAGGGAGGCCCAAUCCAGAAUAGAAAAUCCAAACGUUGCCUGGAGCUGCAGGAAAACAACGAUAAUGAAUUUGGAUUUCAGCUAGUGCUACAGAAAUGCUCCGGCCAGCGUUGGUCUAUCACAAACAUCCUGAAAAGUUUGCCGCCAUAGACUUUCAGGGGAGGGGGAAAUCUUCUAGUCAAUCCUCUUGCUACUGUGUAGCAAAAGUUUGCAACGUCGCCCGCUGUACUGUAUUUUUCCCCUUCCUCUUUUAAUCUUUUUGUGCGAGUGUGUGGAUGUCGGAUUUGUGGGCUGAGAAUAGAGAUUUUUAUUUCAUAAUGACAUUUUCAUGGCAUUUAUAGAGAGAUGCUGAAUGACAGGUGAUGGUAGAAUAUCUUAAAAUAUUUUGCAACUGUAAAUAGGGAACAAAUGGAGAAUAUUUAUAAC